AUGGAUCUAGCUCCUGCUUUAAUUGUUGCAGCAAUUUUCAGCUUCUUUUCAGUAUCUUUAAUCUUAGCUUGCAUCUUCCUAAUCUGCAGAUCCACCAAAAAACCCGCUCCCCCUAAUCCUCCUCAAACCCGUUCCUUAAACCGAACCCGACCGACCCCUAACCCUGCCACUCUCACCGCAUGCGACAGCGCCGCUUUCGAUCCAUCUCUCACCCGUAUCGACAUGGCGGAACUCUCUGCCGCCACCAAGAACUUCUCCUCUGAUCUCAUCAUCGGCGACGGCAGCUUUGGCUACGUUUACAAAGCUACUCUGUCCAACGGAGUCACCGUGGCUAUUAAGAAGCUCGACCCCAAUGCUUUUCAAGGCCUCCGAGAGUUCCGAGCUGAGAUGGAAACGCUAGGUAAGCUUCGCCACCCAAACAUCGUUAAGAUCCUAGGGUUUUGCUCCUCGGGUCUCGAUCGGAUUUUGAUUUAUGAGUUCAUUGAGAGAGGGAGUCUGGACCAAUUGAUUUACGGUGAAGAUCAAGAAAACCCGGACGGCAGGUUUCUAUGUUGGUAUACGAGGAAGAAGAUAGUUCGUGGGAUAGCUAAUGGUCUGGCUUAUUUGCAUGGACUGGAUACACCCAUCAUCCAUAGAGAUAUUAAGGCCAGCAAUGUGUUGUUAGAUCGGGAUUUCGAAGCCCAUAUUUCUGAUUUUGGUCUGGCUCGGCAAAUCGAGGAGUCCCAAACACACGUAUCCACGCAGGUGGCCGGGACAAUGGGCUACAUGCCGCCGGAGUACCGUGAAGGGAACACGGCGGCGACGGUUGUGGCAGAUGUUUAUAGCUUUGGAGUAUUGAUGAUCGAGAUAGCCACCCAAAACCGCCCCAAUUGGCCGGUGAGGUUUGAGGGGAAAGUUAUAGGACUAGUAGAGUGGGCUCGACGAAUGGUAGCUCAAAAUCGAGAAAUAGAAAUGGUAUAUCAAAAGAUUCCGAGGGAUGCGUUAAUUGAAGAAGAGGUUAAGGAGUAUUUUCGAAUUGCGUGUAUGUGUAGCAGUGAAGGAUCGAAAGAAAGGCCCGCAAUGAUACAAGUUGUAGAGCUUUUGAAUCAAAUUUCGACUUGAAUUUUGCGUUAGGAAAUUUUCUUCUUCCCUUUUAUAAGAAUGUUGUAUUAUUUUGUUCAUGAUUCUAUCUCUAAUUGGGGAUAGGAUCAUGUGAAUUAUGUAAAUAGCUUAUCAUCAUUUUGGCUAAUAAUCAAACUUCCAUUAAUAAUGUUGAUGAGAAUACAUUUUCUCCAA